AUGAUGAUAUUGCAGAAGCUUGUCGGCGACAACGGGUUUGGAAGUGUCGCUCUCGCCACAACAACGGGGAACAACGUGCCCCGGAAGACUGGUGGAUUUCGAGAACGGGACCUAAGGAGCCAAAGCGACUCUAUAGAAGACGCAGGCGCCGAGUCAGCCUUGCAAAUCGUAAAGUCCCGAUUCGAUAGUGACCGAAAGAUUGUCACAGACUUGCAGAGAGAUAUGGCAGAUCGCAGAAUCACACUAAAUAACACAGCAGCUGGGAUGGAAGUGGCGGACUUGAUCAGAGCUCAGGCCGAGAGGGACCAAGAACAGAUUGCAUAUAUCGAAGUGCUGAAAGCAGACCAUGGAAGCAGAAAAGCCCAGAAAGAUGCCGAAAUUGAGAAACUGCGUGUCAGUACGUCAGAACUAAGAAGACUCAAGGAAGCACAGUACAUGAAGGAGAUAGCUGAGCUGGAGAUGGAGAUCGAGAAAGCAAACGAGCAACGACAGAUCGUGACGACCGAGGCACAGGAAUCGAAAGAUGCCCAGCUACAAGGCGCGAAGAAGGCGCGGUACUACCAUGUUCUAGUGCAAAGGAGCUGUACGGUAUUGUGAAUAGGAAUUGAGCCAUCGCGCAUCAGGUACAUGACUUCCCACAAGCUAGGACAAAAGGAUUACUGUCAAAUGGACCCCUCGAUUUUAUCAUGUAGUGGCUAAGAUAUGUCUCAUUCUCAUAUAGGCCUUCUCCCACUCGGUCGUAGACCGUAGGAUCCUUACAGUAGUAUAACAUGGAAAUCAGGGCUACCGGUAUACCUCAACGCUGGACUACCUGUAUGCUAUCAUGCCUGC